GUCCACCAAAAGUUUACGAUUUUAAACAUAUUAAAAAAAAGAAAAAAACAGAAUGGGUCUUUUUUGACAAAGCUUAUCAACAUUGUGAAGAAUGUAAACGUAAUCAAAUGCUCUGUGAUAGAGAAAAAGAAUGUGUUUAUUGUCGACAAAGAGAGAAAAAUUGUUUAAAAUUAAAAUCUGUAAUUAGGAAAAAAAUACUCAAAAACAACAAAGGACAACGAUACAUCAGUCUGAUCGAAUCCUAUUGGUCAGGUUUUGGUAAACUUUAUUUGAAGCAUUAUAAAGAAAUUGAGGAUAUUGAAAAACAUAGAUGCAACAA